CGACAAGAGAUUCAAGCAGAUCGGGGCUAGAUGUCGGAGGGAAUGAGGCUGAAGGGAUGGGCGUUAACCGCGAAAUCUCUGGGACGGAGCAGACUCCUUCGGAGCAGAAGAGCGAGCAACAGAGGAUGGUGCGAGAGGAGGUGGCGGAAGGAACCCUCCGCAUGAAGAGGAUGAGAGGAAAACCGGAGGCUGGAUGGGCGGGGAUGGAGGUGACGACGGAGAACGUGCCUCGGGAAAGAGGCCGACGAAGGAAGACGGUGGGACGACAUGUAAGAAAGCGAGGAGGCCCGGCGGUUUGACCAUCCACGAAGGACAAGCCGCGGGUGGAAGAGAUUCAGCUGAUCCAGGCGCUGCGGACGUGAGAGAACCUUCGGGGAAAUCGAAACGGAAAGUGGCAGCUGAAGAAGGCGAUGGCCAGAAGAAACCUCGAAGGCGGAAGACUGUUGAGGCGGCGAGCGGGGGCGAAUGGCCUGUCUGUGAGGAGUGCGACGAAGCGGCAGCGUUCUGGCUCGAAUACGAGCGGAACGAUGGCGGUGAGAUCGUGGAGAAGGAGUUCCCCGUCCAACUGAUCAUCGACCCCAGGAAGUCUCUCGCCGACAUGACCGAUGUCGAGAAACUGUCGAUCCUCGACGACAUUCUCGCACUAAGGGGAGUGUUCGUGCAAUCCGCGGGCAGCCAUCUGAAGCGUCAGCAUAAACCUGGAAUUAAAGAAAUGGUCGUGACGACGAAAGUGGACCGCGUGAUGCUCCGUAUGUUCCACUACAUCUUGUUCCUUGAAACGGAGGAGAACGAACAUGUUUGGCGCCACGGGAGCCCAUUUUUUCGGACGGAGGGGAAGCUUCUGGAGGAGUUCGGGCCACAGGGCCUCAUGAAACAGGGCGCGAUGGAGUACGUGAACACUUGCAAACGUACUCUUCCGCACGAGAAGGAGUCCAUCGACGACGCGAAGAGAUUGUACGAUGAUGACAGUUUCUUGAAAGGCAUGGCAAGGCUUAGCGUCCAUCACGUCAGGACAGGGAAGUGGGUACGUUAUGCACAAAAGAAGACCACUGUCCGGGAAGGCAAUAUGCUGGUUGAGGAGUGUGACCGCCUGUACGUGAUAUUUAAUGGCAAGAAGUUGGAAGACAACACAUACACAGUCUACCCGACCAGUAGCCCGACAAAGGCUUCCCGUUCCCAAGGUCCAAGUCCGGCCAAACACUCGGUGGCGGUCCGCUCGAAACCUGUGUGUUCGUCGGACCCAUCAGGACAGGCUGUGGCGUGUUUCGACAUGGCGGAAAAGGAAAGGUUCUCUCGUAGCAUGUGGGAGGACGGUGGCGUGACAAGUUCUCAAGGACCUGCUUACGGGGAGAUGGAGCGGAACCCGUCCCGUCUACUUGGUCUACUCGAAAACUUUUGCAAAGCUGGGCAAACUAUUUUUUUCUUUGGGAAGACGCAUGCGUCUGUCGUGUGGGGACUCCUCCGCACCGGUCGGAACGUCGUUGCGUUGGAGAAGGAGGCGAGGAUGAUCGACUACCUUCACGAGUUCGUGAAGACAUGUGUUGCAGACACUCGCAAUGCUUGCGAGUUUGUCCGCACCACCGGCAAACGAAACUGGGAUCCCAAACGUGACAUAUAUUGGAAAUUGUCGGGGAACAAAAGGACGGACGUUUGGGACUUCGUUUUCGGACCCGGACUGCGUGGUCCGACCGACCUCGAAUACAGUCGACGGAGGAACCUAGUGUUCGCUGUGCUGAAUGGGUACCACGGUGCACCCAGGGAGUCUGUCUCGCACUUCCUGAGAAGGCUGGAGCACGUUUACUUCACGCCGGCCAAACCGCUCACUCUCGAAAACUACAAGUCUCAGUUUGACGAGGAGGAUCCUUUCGACGCUGAAGACAUGGAGGAGUUGAGCGACUCCGAAACCUUUGAUUUCGAGUCCAUGCCACUUCCUCGGUUGGUUGGACAGGUUGGUGAUGAAGAGGAAGGUGGCCCUCGGAGAUAUAGCACGUCCCCUGCUGGUUUGAAGCGUGUGUUUCGGGGCGAACCUGUCGACGACCAAUCGUCUGAUGACGGGGAGGAAGAGAGAGGCUACGAUCACGAACCUUACUCUACUUCUUCGGCAAACAUCACCGGUUCACGUCGGAGGAUGUCUGGGGACACAAACUUCGUCUGGCACCCGAGGAUAUUCCAACCUGCUGUGAGGAAUGGAAUAUGGGUCAUGGCAAUGAAGGAGGGUGAUGGCAAGUGGAGUGGACUGAAGAGACAGGGAGCGGGUGCAUUUAAGAGAAAGGCAAGAACUGCUCUGGUGGAGCAUUUGAGUCUCAUGAACCCCGAGAGGAACGAUCCGGACGUCGAUGCGUAUGCACAACAAAAGCUACAUGAGUUGUACGCCAACAACAACAACAUGUUGGAGUUUCGAGCGCCUUUCUACGCACUCGAAACGGCACCGUCUCGUGGCAUUGAAUGGCGCAUGCCGCAAUCUCCGCCAGUCGGUCAGCAUCCGGGAUGGGGUGGUGGAGGAGAUGAAGGAGACGGCGGAGGUGGCGGAGGAGACGGCUCACAGUUUGCCGGAAAGGGGACGGGCAAGACAUCGUCGGUAGAGAAGGCGUGCGACGGAAAGGGGUCGGGCAGAAAGGGGUGGGGCGGGAAGGGGUCGGGCGGGAAGGGGUCGUGCGGAAAGCGUAGAAUGUCCGGGAGUCCCCAGUAUAUGGAAACUAACCCCCACUGCGUAGGGAGUCGAGAUUCAGACAUGCGAGACGAGGCCACCCUGACAUCUGAUCAAUCUCACAAAGUAGUGGAGACCGGGGGUAGCGAGUGUGAACGUCAUGCUUCAGAGGGUGCGUCCGUGGACACUGACAACGAGGUUGCAGGAGCUCCGGGGGAAACGCAUGUUGUGCAGCAGGGAGAGGAGACUCGACACGGGCCGGCUCGUGAAGACGUGAAGUGGCUCCACGCACGAGCGCUGGUGAUCGGGAUGUCCGAAGAGGUUCUGCUCAGUCACUCGGUUGUGGCCACGACGCGAGAGGGUGUCGUUAAGGGAGGUCAGUGGACGUCCGUGCAAGCUCCCGUUCUUGGUGACGAUGAAGACGAAGAAGAACCCGCGGUGGAAGCUCGGGUUCAUGGCGAUGAGAAAGGCGGAGAACCCGUGGUGGAAGGCGGUGAGGUGACUGUCGACAUCCAAAUGGAUCCACAGCGGAAAGAUGGUGAUUCUUCGCCCACCCGUUGCGUUGAAGAACAGGGUGGUCGAGCGUCUGUCCUGAGCACUGCUCGGGGAAUGGUGUUUCAUGAAGCCAUAGAGUUGGGUGACGACUCGACAGCCACCGAGCUGGUUAGCGACUCAGGCGUGGCCAAGAUGCAGAACGUCGAAUCCUCCGUGGAAGGAGGUGAGGUGGCCGUCAGCAUCAAGAUGGAUCCACAGCGGAAAGAUCAUGAUUCUCCGUCCACCAAUUGCGGUGCCGAACAGGGUGAUCGAGCAUCAGUCCUCAGUACUGGUCAGGACAUGGUGCUUCAUGAAGCCAUCGACUUGCCAAGCGACUCAGCUGCCACCGAGCUGGUUAGCGACACAACCGUGGCCGAGGUCCAGAACCUUGAAUCGUCCGUGGACGUUGGCGCAGUGGCGCGAUAGGAGGGCGAGUUCCUUUAAAGGGAUCCCGAGCAUGGUAAGAU